GUGCGUUCAGCCUCCGCGUUUCGCGUGGGGUGGACACGUAUGGAUGAACGCGUGGAGCACAAUGGUGUGUGGAGCCACCCCCACAGAGCGCCCCAGUGAUGCCUCGGCCCCGAGUGAUGCUGGUGGUGACGGGCGAUGACUUCGGCUACUGCCCCCGGAGGAACCAGGGCAUCGUGGACUGCUUCCAGGCCGGAGGCGUCUCCAACGUCUCGCUGCUGGUCAACGCCUGCGCUGCCAAAGAGGCGGCAGAUCUGGCGAAAAGGCACAGCAUCCCCAUCGGCCUCCACGCCAACCUGACCGAGGGCCUCCCGGUGUGCCGGCCGGCCUUCACGCUGACCGACCAGCACGGCUUCCUCCGCGGGAAGAUGGGCUUCCGCCAGGCGCUGGAGAGAGGUCAGCUCAGCAUGAAGCAGGUACGCCGACACGGAGCCCGCGAGCGAUCGACCGGUCACGGAUCACGACACGGGGUCCGUACGGCCACGGAAAACCUGGAGAAGUCAUGGCAUUUUACAAUGUCACUAGAUCACAAGAUCACUAGAGCACAAGAUCACGAGAGCCCUAGAGCACUAGAGCCCAACAUGAUGCCCCCCCCGGAUGUCUUGACGUGGCCCCUGCGUGUCGCUGCAGGGGUCCGGGACGUGUUUGCCCAGGUCCUGUCGGACCUCCAGAUCCCCUUCACCCGGGUCCCGGUGGAGCCGGGUCUCCACAGCUGCCCGGCGCUGCCCGCGCACCUAAGGAAAUUCUACGCGCAGGUGGAGAAGGACGCUCUGGACUCCGUCGCCGUCUUCAGACGCCACGGAAUCAGGUGGCCGGACGUGUACCUGGGGCUGACCACGAUGGGCCAGAACAUGUCGGUGCCCAACCUGCAGAGGGCCCUGGGCCACGCCCUGGCCGCGGGGCCCUCCCCCUCCGGCGGGGCCUCGGGCCCUCGGCGGCCCGCGGUCACAGCGGAGCUCAUGGUGCACCCGGGGUACCCCAGCCGGGCCCAGGAGGGCGGCUGCGGAGAGGGACCCGACGACUUCUCCCGGUCCGCCGACCGGCAGCGCGAGCUGAGCGUGCUGAGCGACCCGGCCCUGCUGGCGCUCUACAGGCGGGAGAGGGUGCAGCUGUGCGCCUUCAAGGACCUCUGAGGGCCGAGGGCCAAUGGGAGCGCGGCGCAGCGACCCGAAACGCUUCUGUGCGUCAAGGAAAGAAAACGGGACGGGGACAUUUUAAGAACAACGGGAUGUCAUCCUGUUUUCAUCUGUGGCCAGGAAACCGUGUGUGUGUGUGUGUGUGUGUGUGUGUGUGUGUGUGUGUGUGUGUGUGUGUGUGUGUGUGUGUGUGUGUGUGUGUGUGUGUGUGUGUGUGUGUGUGUGUGUGUGUGGACCCGUCAACACAAUGUUUCUGUCGUUCUCUUUCAUAACUCGAGGACCUCGUGGGUGAAGCGAUUCACUUUUGUAAAACACAUUUUCUUGACAACAUGUUUGACGUUGGGCCCCUGAAGCCGCCACUAGGGGCCCCGAGCUCAACGACUGCCUCAGCUCGCGCACUUUAAAUAUACACAACGUCACAGCAGUGGCUGUUAACACAGAAGUCAUUAAACAACUAGCACGUUUUCAGCUAACGGAGCUAACAGCCAACGGGACUACUGGAGCUGACAGCAUGAGGAGCUAACGGGACUGAUGGAGCUAACGGAGCUAACAGAUAAUGGUACUAACGAAGCUGACAGCAUGAGGAGCUAACGGGACUAAUGGAGCUAACGGGACUAAAGGAGCUAACAGCUAACUGAACUAAAGGAGCUAACACCUAACAGGACUAAAGGAGCUAACCGCGACGGGAGUAAAGGAGCUAACAGCUAACAGGACUAAUGGAGCUAACAGCUAACGGGACUAAAGGAGCUAACAGCUAACGGGACUAAAGGAGCUAACAGCUAACUGGACUAAAGGAGAUAACAGCUAAGGGACUAAAGGAGCUAAUGGAGCUAACAGCUAAAGGAGCUAACGGGACUAAAGGAGCUAACAGCUAACGAGACUAAAGGAGCUAACAGCUAACGAGACUAAAGGAGCUAACAGCUAACGGGACUAAAGGAGCUAACAGCUAACUGGACUAAAGGAGAUAACAGCUAAGGGACUAAAGGAGCUAAUGGAGCUAACAGCUAAAGGAGCUAACGGGACUAAAGGAGCUAACAGCUACGCCUCACGGCCUCAAAGUCGGUUCCUAAAAGCUGGUAAAACUUGAUUUUUUUUUAAUGCCAACUGAUAAAUCAUGAAUUCAUGUACAGAAAUAACUUAAGUUAACAUGUUCUGAUAGACGGGAACAAAGCGUGAGACUAGUUUCUAUUUACAGCCUAGAGGAGCACAGAGGAACUACACCAGAGUCGUCUUCAUGUUACAUUACAUUACAUUACAUGUCAUGUCAUUACAUGUCAUUACACGUCAUUACAUGUCAUUUGGCUGACGCUUUUAUCCAAAGCGACUUACAGUCCUGUUACAUUCAUUCACUGUAGACACAGCUACAGGGAGCAACUCAGGGUGAAGUGUCUUGCUCAAGGACACAUCGACUAGGGCGGGGAUUGAACCUCCAACCCCCUGACUGAAAGACGGAACUGCUACCCACUCACCCAUAGUCGCCCUAGAGGAGCACAGAGGAACUACAGCAGAGUCGUCUUCAUGUAACGACUACAACGCGUCACUUCAACAAACCAUCGUCAUAAUGUGACGCGCGAGGCAGAGGGUUCUCUGUGGAGGAGCUGAUGACUGGUCAGAGGAGCGCCACUCACUCAAGACCACAGGUGUGUUCAUCGCUCCGUCAUCAUGAACCCCGUGAAAGGGUUGUUUCUGUUUCUUGGGACUGUUUCCUGAUCCGAUGUGAGGUCAAAGGUCAGAGGGAUGUCUGUGUGUACAGAUUGUAGAACCCUCUGAGGCAGAUGUGUAAUGUGUGAUAUUGGGCUGUACAAAAUGAACUGACUUGAAUGAACCAGCAGCACGUGUCAGGGAGCAGAGAAGAUUUCACAGACCUCCUCCUGCCUCACCGGAGCUGCCAGUUCUCCCAGUUUAACGAGUCGGGCUCGCUUUGGGUUUGAAGAGCUUCAUGAUUCCAGUUGUGUUCUCAUGUGUGUUUAAUAUAUGUGUUGUGUCUUAUUUCCAAAGAUCUCAGGUCUGUGUAUCACAAGUAGCAUUAAAAAUAUAUCCCAACUGCCAAAUGUGUGUCUCUGAAGUGACGGUCGGUUUAACUCUUCAUUGUGUUUGUAAUAUUUACAUUUAGUUUGACAAGAUCACAGCUGAGCUAAUAAAUCUGUCAACUCCUCAGAGUGGAUCCACUAGUAGAAUCUGUUUUCUGUAUCUCCUUCUAAAAGCGUUUUCUUUGAGGUAUUGUUGCCCUCUGCUGGACACACCUGCUACCUGUGGACUCCAUGUUUUGGGCUCCUUAAGUGUGUGUGUUUGUGUGGAAACUGAUCAGUCUACACUUUAUAGACGUGUUCACCUUAAGCAUAACUACAGAAGCCCCGAUCUGUCUUCCAAGAAUGAUCUUGGUUGUUAUUUAUAUAUACAACAUUUUAUAAAUUUAAAUAGACAAAAACUGAGUUAAUAAUUCUAUGUCUAAAUAUAAACAAAUUCAGUUUAUUUUCUAUAGCCCAUUCUCACAAAUUACUAAUUUGCCUCAGAGGGCUUUACAAUCUGUAAACAUGCGUGUGUGUCAUAUAUAUAUAUAUAUAGACACACACGUUUGUAUAUUUGUACAUUUUUUUGUGGAGUUUCCUACAAUUAAUUGCUGUUUAACUGUCAGUUUUAGUCCAUUUUUAUAUUUUCCAGGAGAGUAAAUUCAUUAGCUUAAACGUAAACAGAUCUUUUCUCAAACCGAGUCCUCAUUUGCUCCCCGAUUAAUGUGAAGCGAAUCCCAUCAACGCGUUCAGCUCACGGAAAUGAAAUCAAACAUGGAGUUGACGAGCAGCAGACAGUGAGGCUAAAUGGUUAGCCAUCUUUAUUAUGAAACAAUAUUGGGACCAGAUCAAACAGCUGUUACAUGGUGGGUUUUUGUGUGUUUUUUUACUUUUUCUUUUGGCCACUGCAGUCCCCUUUUCUGUGUCCAGACCCCCCCCCCCCCCUCCCUGGACAGCCAGUCCGCUCCCAGCUGUCUUCAAGGGGCUCGUUUGCUUUGCUUUAGGACCGCCUCCAGGAGCUGAGCUUCAUGCCAGUUGAGUGCAGCCUCCUCUUCCUCCUCCCGACAAGUUAGGUCCCUUUCAUCUGGGCGGAGGGCUGUGUCUCAUGUGAUGGGCAGUUACGGCGUGGGGGGGGGGGGCGUCGGAAGCGUCAAAUUGAGCGCAAGGGGUUCUUCCCACGUUACCAAUUAUUUGCGUCAAAGCUAUAUCAUUACAAAAAGAAACCGGACGUGCUCAUGAUAACAUGGAGUGUUUGGAAACCAGUUGGGUUCUUUUUCCCCUGAUGAAUCUUCCAUCGCAUUUUCGGCAAGAACAAUUCAAUUAAUGUCUCGCCUGUUUUGUUUCUGCUCGGUGGGGGG